AUGAGAUCUUCACUCGCCCUGCGGCUUCUUCCCUUCAUUGGUCUCGCCGCUGCGCAGACCAACACUACGCAACCACCUGAGCCUGAGAUCGUAGCUAUGCUUCAGGGUAUGGCCAAUGGUUUUAGGUCUUACCCAAUCGCCCCCUUAAUGCACUGGCCAGACGAAGAAGGCCUUGAGUACGAGAACGUCUAUUUCCCAGCGGACGAUGGAGUCACCAUCGAGGGUUGGUUUAUUCCUUCGAAUGGAUCGAACAAAGUCAUCAUCGCCAACCACCCACGGUGGUUCAACAGGGCGGGUCUGCCGGGCGUAGAGCCUUGGAAUGCCCUUGUGCCAGGCAAUGACUGGGAAGUCAACUUCAUCCCGGACUACAAGCUCCUCCACGAUGCCGGGUAUAAUGUUCUGGCCUAUGAUCUGCGCAACCACGGACAGAGUGGUAACGGAAACAACGGGCUCUAUACAUCGGGCCAUUACGAGUCACGCGAUGUAAUUGGUUCCAUCAACUACAUCCGCAACCGCGAAGAUACCAAGAAUAUGAACAUCGGUCUGUUCAGUCGCUGCAACGGCGCCAAUUCCAACCUCCAUGCAGUCAGGCUCAAGCCCCAGGUUUUCGAGGGCAUCAAAUGCAUGGUCGCGGUCCAGCCACUUUCCGCUAAGUCGUUCAUGACUCGUGCCCUCGAAGGUCGAGGUGUUCCCUUAUCGUACCUGGACGAUCUUGAUGAGCGCGUCUAUCUCCAGACCAGCUUCCAUAUUGAUCAGCUAACGCCAAUCCCAAGCGCCAAGUUCGUCAAAAUGCCCACAUUCAUGUAUCAGGUUUAUGCGGACUUUAUGACUUCCCCAGAUGAUGUCCAGGCAAUUUUCAACAAUAUCCCAAUCGAAGACAAAACUCUCUAUUGGAUCAAUGGGACCGAUAAGCGCUGGGAUGGCUACACGUGGUUCCAGGAGAACCCUGACCAAGUCCUCAACUGGCUCUCUCGGCAUAUGGCAUAG